UGAUUAAUUAGAAAGAAGUUUUUUUUUUAAAACACUAGCGAUAUAACGUAAUUCCAAAUCACAGUGUCUGACCUUACAUUCUCCUCGUUAAGCUGCUGUAAUUAUUCAUGAUAACAUUUUGUUUCUGUUUAAAUGUAAUAUUUUAAUAUUAUUUUGAUAUUCGUUUUUCUCCUCUGUGUUUCAGGUUUUAACUGCCGCCCUUUUCAUCCAAAAGACCGGAGAGCAGGGCUCCUGUGGGAACCGCUGUGGGAUGUGCGUGUCCAUCAUCUUCGCCAUUAUCGGUGUUAUUGGCGCCAUCUUCAGUUUUGCAGUGGCGAUUGUUGGUCUAAUCAGAGGACUUGAUUGCAAACAUUUGAACUUACAAAAACGGGAAGAAUGCACAAACCUGGAGAACAUGGCGGAGUUUAACGUGACUCUGUUCUCCAUUCUGCUGGUUACCAGCAUCCUGCAGUUCUUCCUGUGCGGCGCCCAGAUGAUCAACGGUCUGCUCGGCUGCCUCUGCGGAACCUGCACCCAAGAGCGGCCGAUUAUGCCCGUCCCCAUCGCAGCACCAGCGGCCUCUACUGGACAGAUCGUGGUAGUGACUACCAGGAUAUAGGAGCCUUGCCUUCAAUAAAAACCUUAAAAUUAAUGCUAAUAUAUAAUAACUAGACUUUAAUUCAGAGGAGCUACAAAUUUUAAUCAUUAAUGACUCAUUAUUAAUUGGAUUAAUUUUUAUAUUAUUUCUGAUAUGGAACAAAAGAGUCAAUUUUUUAUUGUUUUAUUUCAGAUCAUGCCAUUAUAAUGUUUUUAUGCUUUUAUUUACUGUAAUAAUAUUUUUAAUUCCUAAACCUUAUAAUGAAUACGCUUUCUCUGCUACUGUAUCUUUAAGACUUAUAUGUGCAAACAAGCUCUUCUCUGAGUCGCCUCUUGUAGCUAUGUAGCUGUCUUUACAAUGACCUAGCAACAGAUUAAAACUCAAAAUGAAGAGCAUAGCUACACCUUAGCAACCACCUGGCAACAUCUUAGCAACUGACACCUACUGUAUACCAUAGCAACACCCAAAACACCACACAGCAAUACCGUGGCAACACGGCUCCACAUUAGCAACCACCUGACAUCACCUUAGCAAGCAACAACUAUACCAUAGCAGCACCUUAACCACACAACAAUACCAUAGCAAUCAACAACUAUAUCACAGCUCCAACCACCGGGCAACACCUUAGCAACCAACAUCUAUCCUAAAGCUGUGCCUUAACACAGAACUAGCAACAUCCUUAUAGGUCAACUAAUAUAGAAUAGCUACACCUUAGUAAACAAACGGCAAUACCUUAGCAACCAACAGCUAUACCAUAGCAACACCUUAACAACUACAUUGCAACACCAUGGAAAACCAGCUUCAAAUUAGCAACCACCUGGCAACACCUUAGCAACUAACAACUAUACCAUAGCAAAACAUCCUAACAACCAACUGGCAACACCUUAGCAACCAAUAACUGUACCAGAGCUACGCUAUAACACUGACAUUGCAAAACCUUAGAAAUCAACAAAUAUAGCAUAGCUACACCUUAGCAACCACAUGGCAACACUUUAGUAACCAGUACUUAUACCAUAGGAACACCCCAACAACCAGCUGGCAACACCCUAGCAACCAACAACUGUACCACCUUAACAACAACCUAACAUCACUUUAGAAAUCAACAAAUAUAGCAUAGCUACACCUUAGCAACCACUUACCAAUACCUUGGCAACCCACACCUAUACCUUAGAGGCAUCUUAACAACUAUAUAGCAACACAAUGGCAACACAGCUCCAUAUUAGCAACCACCUCGUAACACCUCAGCAACUAGCUAUUAUACCAUAGCAACACCCUAACAACCAAUUGGCAACACCUUACCAACCAACAACUGUAUCAAAGCUACACCAUAACUAACAUACACCACAGCUAUACCUUAAGAAGCACUUAACAAUACCUUAGCAACCAACACCUAUACCUUAGAGGCACCUUAACAACCACAUAGCAACACCAUGGCAACACAGAUUAGACAUAGAUUGUUUUAUAUUGUGAAACUGUGCACAUUAAUACAUCAAAGCUUUAAUGUAUAAUCUGCAUAACUGUCUGUUUUUAGCACUGAAAUGUUGUAUGAUACUGCUUAAAAAUAUAUAAAUUCAUAUUUUAAAUAAAGAUCCUUCUUAAACACAGCAGACAUGAGUGUGUGUUUAUAUCUUAUAUGUCUUUAUAAUAUGUGCAACAGGUGGUUUAAUAUUUUCCUGAUGAAAAAUCCAUGAACAUCCCAGUCUGAAUGGUCCAGAU